AGGAACUGAACGAGCAAGGGAGAAGUUUCAAAGGUUUACAGCAUUUACUACUACUACUAUUACCGCCAGCGCCAAUAAACUUUGAUUGUACUACGCAGCAUCCGUUGAGUUGGCGCUUCCGCGGUUGAUUUAAUUGUAUAUACUGCAACUAUGUACCUAUGUCUUUGUAGAAGACUAACGUUGCAAUUUGAAUGUCAUUAGAGUUCCAGCUUAACCUGUUCAUGUUAUCUUACAAACAUGGAUGCCGAUGAAAAUGAUUUACUUGAUGACUCAUUUGAAGAAGAGUCAUUUGAAAAUGAGUCCCAUGAUACAAAUGAAGUUUUUAGAAAAGCAAAGGAUAAUUUUUCUAAUAUAAUUGACAAGUACAUAUGCCUUAUACACGGAUUAGCUUCCCCUGCUUUUAUUGCUGAUCAUGGAAUUGAAAUGUCUGUUCCCAAACGUUUAUCUGGGAGAAAAAUCUUUGUUGAAAAAAGUCAGAAUAUAAAUUCUGAACAGACUACUCCAGAUGAGUCAUUGGAAUGUGAAAACUCCUUUCAGGAAGAGAUUGAAAGAACUCUUCUUAGACGUAAACAAGAGUUAGGGCUGCCUGACGAUUAUGUGCCAGAGGAAUUACCAUUGUGUGAUGAUAUUAAAGUUAGUGAUAUUGGCCUUGAAGAUGGAAAUAAUACAGGAAUGAAAUAUGCAGAGGAAGCCGAUAAGAAAUUACAAGAAAAGAGAGGCUGGAUAAAGACAAAGUCUGCAAUAUAUGAAGAAGGUAAACAGGAAAUGGAGGGAACAACAAAAGAGAAGGGAGCCAAUAGAAAGCAGAAAAAAAAGAAAGAUUUGCAAGAGCAGAAACCCCGAGGAAGACCAAGAGGAUCCACUUUAUCUGAAAUAGAAAAACAAGAAGUGGAAGGAGAAAUUAAAAUGAAAAAAUCUCGUGGACGGCCAAGAAAGUCCACCUCAUCAGACAUGAACAAACAAGAAACUGAGGGAGAAACUAAAGCAAAGAAACCCCGUGGAAGACCAAGAGGGUCUGCUUCAUCUGAAAUAGAAAAACAAGAAGUAGGAGAAAUUGAAGUGAAAAAAACAUGUGGAAGGCCAAGAAACUUCACUUCAUUUAAAAUGAGCAAACAAGAAGCAGAGGGAGAACCUGAAGCAAAGAAACCCCGUGGAAGACCAAGAAAGUUCACAUCUGAAAUAGGAAAACAGGAAAUAUAUAAAGACACAAAAAUAAAGAAACCUUGUGGCAGGCCAAAAAAAUCCAGCGCAUCUGAGGUGUAUAACAAAAAAAGAAAGAAAGAGUUACCAAAAAAAAUUAUAGAAAGUUUUGAAAGACCAAUACAGUCUACUGGUCAUGAAGUGAAUAAAAACAAAGCAGAAAAAAAAUCAAGGCUAAGUAAAAGUAAUGUUUCUAAAAGUGAUAAGUAUGAAACAGAGCAGGAAUUAAGGGAAGACUAUGGCAAGCCAGACAUGGAUAGAUAUGAGAGGCCUAAAGUGCUGAAGAGGAAGAGAGGGAGACCUAAAAAAGAUAUUGAGAAAUUGAAAAGCAGCAAGUUUCAUAGCAGGCAAAAUAAAAAGAUUAAUACACAUCAAUGUUCCUUUUCAGAAUUGUAUGCUAAAAGUUCCCAAAAAUGUAAAGGAUCAAGUAAUGAUUUCCAGAAACCCUUCAGAGUUGAUGGUAUGAAGAACACUGUUGCCAGAAAGGCAAAAUCUGCUGAUAAUAACAGUGAAUCGUUUUGGAAUAAAAGUGUUUCAAGAUAUUUCAAGCAUCUUGUUACUUUUGGUCUAAACAGAGAACAAGGGCACAUUUCUCUCUGCCCUAAUUUGGAUUUAAUUAUUGUUCAUCCACUAAAAAAAGAUGACUGUCUUGGUGUUAGCAGUUUCCCUCUACCAAGGAAAGUGCUCUUUGCCAUUCCUUUUGCAAGUAAAAGUACUGUUUCAGAGAAAGACAUUGAUGAAACUGUUGCACAAACAUCAAGAUCAGAUUGUACAUUGAAAGCUACUUCUGGUGACUCAGUGAACGAUUAUACUUCAUCUAAAGAGAAAGUAACUAAUAAAAGAUCCAGUCUGAAAAAUUCUUGUCAUGCCAUCUCAAAUGGAGAUCUCAUUGAAAGUCAUGGAGAGAACACUUGCAAGCAUCAAAAACUGUUAAAGUACAAGAGAAAUCUUUCAAAUAUAAAGCAUCCAGUUUCUGAUAAUGAGAUUUCAGAGAAAUCUCAAAAUGUUAAUUUAAAAGAUGAUUUGCAACCUGUGGUUGAGAGUGAAUACCAGUUAAAGGAUAAAGAGCCUCAGGAUAACGGGCAUAUAGAUACUUGUAAACAGUUCAGCCUCAUACAAAAAAGUAAAGCCACCAGACUUCUUGAAAACAAAAAAGUACUCCAUUCAAAUGAAAAUAGCAAAAGUGGAAAACAUGGUGCACAGAUGGUAUCUAAAAUGGAAAAAGUGCUGUUAGGUCAAAAUUACGGAGAUCCCACAAAACAAAAAGAACAAGAAAGUAAGGAAAAGCAUGGUUUUUGUUCAGAAAAUCUUGUAAAUGAUGGAAACCAUAAUGAAAAAGAACUAGAUUUGUCAACCACACAUGUAUCUCCUGUAGUAGAGUCUGCCAACAAUAAUAGAAACGCAGAACAAUGUCUGUCCCCAGAGGAAGAAUGUGAAGGGAGGUGUAAGGAAGAAAAGCAUUCCUCAGCUUAUGUAAGAAGAGGAAAGAGGCAAAAGAAGUUCAAAGAAAGCAGAAGCCUUAGAUGCAGUAAAAGGAAUAAAUUGGAAGCAUCUUUGUACCCUAGUACAUCUUUUACUGGUCCUGCAAAGAGAAGAAAAUUAGAUUCUAAGAAAAGAGAAAGAAAAUUGUCAAGCAGCAGUCCACCUAACAAAGAUUGUAGUAAUGAGAUGAACAGGUCAUUGGCAGAUGUUUUUCAGUAUUCUGAUGUUGAAAGUAGUAGUGAAGACUCAUUGAAUUUGGUAUCUAAGGAUUGUCAGUCUGCAUUCAUAGAUGGAAAGAUGCCCAAAGCUGCAAAAGAGUAUGUAGUUUCUGAUUGUAUUAAAACUGAUGAGCACACGAAAGUAAAUGUUUUUAAUUCUUGCCCAAGAAAUUCAAGGCUAGAACUGAGGAAGUCUUUUAGGAAUGAAGAAUCCUCUCUAAAAUUAAACACAGAAAUAGAAAAUAAUUCCAGAAUUGUUGCUCAGGAUUUGAAAAAUGACAGCGGCAAAGAAAGUAUAAGUUCUAGAACAUCCUUGCCUGAGAAAGAUAGUGGAAGUGGAAAGGGGAAAGAGUUUCCAGUUGUAGAGGGAAACCAUGAAGAGAGUGUUGUUGCUGGAAUUGAUGUUGUUAAGAAAAAAAGAAUAAAUAUAGUUGCAAGAAAUAAAGUAACUGUAAAUUCAAAACAGUAUAUCUCUAGUAUUAUGCCAGGGGAAGAGACAUGUCCCUCUAAUUUGAAUUCAUGUGCAGCUGAACCUGUGGAAAAUGGUGUCCUUGAUUCUGUAUCUGCUGGUUUCCACAUGCAAGAGGCUAUUUUGAAGAAGAUACCAAAGAAAGAUAUGAUGUCACAGCUACAAGCAGAAGAUGAGGAUUCAGAUGGUUUCCAAGAUUCUUUAAGUCUUUUGCCUGUGGAGAAAUCAUCUGUCUCUGUAGGAUUGUGUCACUCUUCAUUGCUUCAUUUUCGCAGAUUGAGAAAAUUACUUCCACAAAAUGUAAGCAAGUGUGUAGGAGAGUCGUCAGUAUCACUGCAUCCAGAAAAUAAUGCGAGUACUGGUGCUAAUUUUACAGGAAAAUCAACUUCGGUUCAGUCCAAGGUUCCAAGUUUUUUGAUAUUAGUGAUGAUGAGGAUCAUCUCAUGGAACCUACCAUCAAGUGUUGAAGCAGAUCGUAUCUUGGAAAUGCCCUCAAGAGUUAAAAGUUCUUUUAGUAAAAACGGAAGUAUUGGGUUCUCUGUUCAGAAGAAAGGUUCUAAACAGGUUCCACAAAAACAUAACUUCAUGUACAAAGGAAAGGUUGUAGAUAUAAUGAAGUUUUUGUAAAUAUGAUAUAGUAUAUAUGUACCAAAAAUUAUUUUUAGAAUUUUUCUAGAUUUUUUUUUAGAAUGUAAUACCUUUGAUUUUGUUUACAAGGUAAUAGGCCACAUUAUGCUGUUUUACAGUAGGUUUAAUACAGUAGGUUUAAUAAAGCUUAUAAACUAA